GAGAUUCGAGUCGAGAGAGUCUCGGACAAAUACACCGUCAAUCUCGGUCACAAACCAAAAACCUUCGCAACUCCUUCCUUCCACUGCAGAUCAGAUCCGACGGCUCUUAUCAGUCCACGUCACCUUGGACUCUCUUAACUCUCUCUUGUUAAAAUAAAUUGUCUGUCUUGUCUUUUAGACACUUCAUUUUGACUGGUUCGGCGAAUCUGACACCCUUCUUAGAGAGACCUCAAUCUAUAUAGAUCUUCACACCCUUCUUCAUAGAUCUCAGAUCCCGUCUCCGUCUCUUCCGACGCCGGCGACUACUUCAUCUCAUCUCCCGCAGAUCUAGCGAAUCGUGGAAUCAUGGCGCUGAGCAUGCGUAAAGCGAUCGGAGUUGUCAAGGAUCAGACCAGCAUCGGCAUAGCGAAGGUAGCUAGCAACCUUGCUCCAGAUCUGGAAGUUGCGAUCGUUAAAGCUACAAGCCACGACGACGAUCAAUCUAGUGAGAAGUACAUCCGCGAGAUCCUUAGCCUUACUUCACUCUCUCGUGGUUACGUCCACGCCUGUGUCGCCUCCGUCUCACGUCGUCUCAAAAAGACACGUGACUGGAUCGUUGCUCUCAAGGCUCUUAUGCUCGUUCACCGUCUUCUUAACGAAGGUGAUCCUCUCUUUCAAGAAGAGAUCCUUCACGCUACGAGACGAGGUACUAGGAUUCUUAACAUGUCUGAUUUUCGUGAUGAGGCUCAUUCUAGCUCUUGGGAUCACUCUGCUUUCGUUAGAACGUAUGCUAGUUACUUGGAUCAGAGGCUUGAAUUGGCUCUUUUUGAGAGAAAAGGGAAAAAUGGUGGUGGUUCUGGUGGUAGUAGUAGUCAUCAAAGCAAUGGUGAUGAUGGUUAUGGUCGGUUUAGGGAUGAUUUUAGGUCUCCUCCUCCAAGAAGUUAUGAUUACGAGAGUGGUAAUGGUUUUGGUAUGCCUAAGAGGUCUCGUUCUUUUGGAGAUAUGAAUGAGAUUGGAGGAGGGAGAGACGAGAAGAAAUCAGUUACUCCUUUAAGAGAGAUGACACCUGAGAGGAUUUUUGGAAAGAUGGGUCAUUUGCAGAGGCUGCUUGAUCGGUUUUUAUCUUGUCGGCCUACUGGUUUAGCUAAAAACAGCAGGAUGAUCUUGAUUGCUAUGUACCCGGUUGUGAAAGAAAGUUUUAGGCUUUACGCUGACAUCUGUGAGGUCUUGGCUGUUCUGCUUGAUAAGUUUUUCGAUAUGGAGUAUACUGAUUGUGUUAAGGCCUUUGAUGCUUAUGCUAGUUCCGCUAAACAGAUUGAUGAGCUCAUUGCGUUUUAUCAUUGGUGUAAGGACACUGGCGUGGCGAGAUCUUCUGAGUACCCUGAGGUUCAGAGGAUCACGAGCAAGCUGUUGGAGACACUAGAAGAGUUUGUGAGAGACAGAGCCAAGAGGGGCAAAAGUCCUGAGCGGAAAGAGAUAGAAGCUCCUCCUCCUGCUGCUGCUCCGGUGGAAGAGCCAGCUGUUGAUAUGAAUGAGAUCAAAGCGCUUCCUCCUCCAGAGAAUUACACUCCUCCACCUCCACCUGCACCAGAGCCUAAACCGCAGCAACCACAAGUAAUGGAAGAUCUAGUCAACUUGAGAGAAGAUAAUGUCACUGGUGAUGAGCAAGGGAACAAGUUUGCUCUCGCUCUUUUUGCGGGUCCGCCAGGUAACAACGGCAAAUGGGAAGCUUUCCCUUCUGAUAACGGCGUGACAUCGGCUUGGCAGAAUCCAGCUGCAGAGAUUGGGAAGGCUGAUUGGGAACUGGCAUUGGUCGAGACAGCUAGUAAUCUUGAAAAUCAGAAAGCCGCAAUGGGUGGUGGUUUAGAUCCGUUGUUACUCAAUUUGAUGUACGAUCAAGGAGCUGUUAGACAACACGUUAGCACCUCAGAGUUAACCGGUGGAAGUUCAAGCAGCGUAGCGCUUCCUUUACCGGGUAAAAACAGUCAUAUACUAGCACUCCCUGCACCAGAUGGAACCGUUCAGCAAGUGAACCAAGACCCUUUCGCUGCGUCCUUGACCAUUCCGCCUCCUUCAUACGUGCAAAUGGCUGAGAUGGACAAAAAGCAAUAUCUCUUGACUCAGGAGCAGCAGUUAUGGCAGCAAUAUCAGCAAGAAGGAAUGAGAGGUCAAGCUAGUUUGGCCAAGAUGAGUCCAGCCCCAACCGCAAUGCCUUAUGGGAUGCCACCGGUUAACGGGAUGGGACCGCCGCCUAUGGGGUAUUACUACAACAACCCUUACUGAUUUCAUUCAUUUUGUUUUUUUUUUUUUUAUUACAUAUAUUUUUCGACCAAUGUAGAUGUGUUAUAAUCUGGUUUCUUCUUGUAUGUUUCCUGAUCUUGCCUCCUGUUAUUGAACUUGUGAGACUUUGCCUCUUUUGAGUAUUGAUUAAUAAUGCAUUUAUACAUUUGUUGUUUC